AUCGAGGUUCAAAUCUGCAGCUACUUCCUGCUCUGAAACAUUUUUUCUGUUCCUGCUGUGAAGUGAAGCAGUUCCUCCGUGCAGCUACAAACAAAUCUCUACAUUGAAGAUGGGUGUAAGCAGCAUGUGGUGAAGUGUGAGAGCUGACAGGCUCCAUUCACUGUACAAUCACAUGUUGUUCAGAUCAGAGCUCAGACUAGUUUCACUUCUAGCAAACAGAAACUCACACAGUCGUCGACACUGAGAGGUGAAAUGGAGCAGAAAGGAGUUCAGCUGGACAGAGAAACCUUCUCUUGUUCCAUCUGUCUGGAUCUACUGAAGGAUCCUGUGACUACUUCCUGUGGACACAGCUACUGCAUGAACUGUAUUAAAAGCCACUGGGAUGAAGAAGACCAGAAGGGAAUCUACAGCUGCCCUCAGUGCAGGAAGACUUUCAUACCAAGGCCUGUCCUGGAGAAAAACACCAUGUUAGCAGAGUUAGUGGAGCAGCUGAAGAAGACUGGACUCCAAGCUGCUCCAGCUGAUCACUGCUAUGCUGGACCUGAAGAUGUGGCCUGUGAUGUCUGCACUGGGAGGAAGCUGAAAGCCUUCAAGUCCUGUCUGGUCUGUUUGGUUUCUUACUGUGAGAAACACCUCCAACCUCACUAUGAUUUAGCUCCAUUAAAGAGACACAAGCUGGUGGAGCCCUCCAAGAAGCUCCAGGAGAACAUCUGCUCUCGUCAUGAUGAGGUGAUGAAGAUGUUCUGUCGUACUGAUCAGCAGAGUAUCUGUUAUCUCUGCUCUGUGGAUGAACAUAAAGGCCACGACACAGUCUCAGCUGCAGCAGAAAGGACUGAGAAGCAGAAGGAGGUGGAGGUGAUGCUAGAAAACAUCGAGCAGACGAUCCAGGAGAGACGCAAAGACGUGGAGCUGCUUAGACAGGAGCUGAAGGCCAUGGCUCACUCUGCUGAUAAAACAGUGGAGGACAGUCGGGAGAUCUUCACUGAGAUGAUCCGUCUCCUCCAGAAAAGAAGCUCUGAUGUGGAGCAGCUGCUCAGAUCCCAGCAGGAAACUGAAGAGAGUCGAGUCAAAGAUGUUGAGGAGAAGCUGGAGCAGCAGAUCACUGAGCUGGAGAGGAAAGGCUCCGAGCUGAAGCAGCUCUUAAACACAGAGGAUCACAACCAGUUUCUACACAACUACCCCUCACUGCCACCACCCAGUGAGUCUACACACUCAUCCAGCAUCAAGAUUCGUCCUCUGAGGAACUUUGAUGGCGUGAAAGCAGCUGUGACAGAGACCAGAGAGAAACUACAGGACAUUCUGAGAGAGACAUGGACAAACAUCUCAGUGACAGUGACUGAAGUGGAUGUUUUACUGCCACAACCAGAGCCAAAGACCAGAGAUGAAUUCUGGAAAUAUUCAUGUGAAAUCACACUGGAUCCAAACACAGCACACACACGUCUGUUAUUAUCUGAGGGGAACAGAAAAGUAACAUUUAUGAAUCAACCUCAGUCUUAUUCUCAUCAUCCAGACAGAUUCACUGGUUUCAAUUGGCAGGUCCUGAGUAGAGAGAGUCUGACUGGACGUUGUUACUGGGAGGUGGAGAGGAGAGGAAGAGGAGUUGAUGUAGCAGUCGCAUACAAGAAUAUCAGCAGAGCAGGGGGGUCAGAUGAAUGUGUAUUUGGAUUCAAUGACAAAUCUUGGUCAUUACGUUGUUUAACAAACAGUUACACAUUUUACCACAACAACGUCGAAACUCCCGUCUCAGGUCCUGGUUCCUCCAGAGUAGGAGUGUACCUGGAUCACAGAGCAGGUCUUCUGUCUUUCUACAGCGUCUCUGAAACCAUGACUCUCCUCCACAGAGUCCAGACCACAUUCACUCAGCCUCUCUAUGCUGGACUAAGGUUAUUUUAUGAUUAUGGAGCCACUGCUGAGUUGAUUAAAGUGAAAGCUCCAUUCACUGUACAAUCACAUGUUGUUCAGAUCAGAGCUCAGACUAGUUUCACUUCUAGCAAACAGAAACUCACACAGUCGUCGACACUGAGAGGUGAAAUGGAGCAGAAAGGAGUUCAGCUGGACAGAGAAACCUUCUCUUGUUCCAUCUGUCUGGAUCUACUGAAGGAUCCUGUGACUACUUCCUGUGGACACAGCUACUGCAUGAACUGUAUUAAAAGCCACUGGGAUGAAGAAGACCAGAAGGGAAUCUACAGCUGCCCUCAGUGCAGGAAGACUUUCAUACCGAGGCCUGUCCUGGAGAAAAACACCAUGUUAGCAGAGUUAGUGGAGCAGCUGAAGAAGACUGGACUCCAAGCUGCUCCAGCUGAUCACUGCUAUGCUGGACCUGAAGAUGUGGCCUGUGAUUUCUGCACUGGGAGGAAGCUGAAAGCCUUCAAGUCCUGUCUGGUCUGUUUGGUUUCUUACUGUGAGAAACACCUCCAACCUCACUAUGAUGUAGCUCCAUUAAAGAAACACAAGCUGGUGGAGCCCUCCAAGAAGCUCCAGGAGAACAUCUGCUCUCGUCAUGAUGAGGUGAUGAAGAUGUUCUGUCGUACUGAUCAGCAGAGUAUCUGUUAUCUCUGCUCUGUGGAUGAACAUAAAGGCCACGACACAGUCUCAGCUGCAGCAGAAAGGACUGAGAAGCAGAAGGAGUCGGAGGUGAUGCUAGAAAACAUCCAGCAGACGAUCCAGGAGAGACGCAAAGACGUGGAGCUGCUUAGACAGGAGCUGAAGGCCAUGGCUCACUCUGCUGAUAAAACAGUGGAGGACAGUCGGGAGAUCUUCACUGAGAUGAUCCGUCUCCUCCAGAAAAGAAGCUCUGAUGUGGAGCAGCUGGUCAGAUCCCAGCAGGAAACUGAAGAGAGUCGAGUCAAAGAUGUUGAGGAGAAGCUGGAGCAGCAGAUCACUGAGCUGGAGAGGAAAGGCUCCGAGCUGAAGCAGCUCUUAAACACAGAGGAUCACAACCAGUUUCUACACAACUACCCCUCACUGCCACCACCCAGUGAGUCUACACACUCAUCCAGCAUCAAGAUUCGUCCUCUGAGGAACUUUGAUGGCGUGAAAGCAGCUGUGACAGAGACCAGAGAGAAACUACAGGACAUUCUGAGAGAGACAUGGACAAACAUCUCAGUGACAGUGACUGAAGUGGAUGUUUUACUGCCACAACCAGAGCCAAAGACCAGAGAUGAAUUCUGGAAAUAUUCAUGUGAAAUCACACUGGAUCCAAACACAGCAAACACACAUCUGUUAUUAUCUGAGGGGAACAGAAAAGUAACAUUAAUGAAUCAACAUCAGUCUUAUUCUGAUCAUCCAGACAGAUUCACUGGUUCGUGGCAGGUCCUGAGUAGAGAGAGUCUGACUGAACGUUGUUACUGGGAGGUGGAGUGGAGAGGAGGAGUUUUUGUAGCAGUCGCAUACAAGAAUAUCAGCAGAGCAUCUUCAUUUGGAUUCAAUGACAAAUCUUGGUCAUUACGUUGUGACACAAACAAAUAUGAAUUUUACCACAACAAAGUGAAAACUCCCGUCUCAGGUCCUGGUUCCUCCAGAGUAGGAGUGUACCUGGAUCACAGAGCAGGUCUUCUGUCUUUCUACAGCGUCUCUGAAACCAUGACUCUCCUCCACAGAGUCCAGACCACAUUCACUCAGCCUCUCUAUGCUGGACUCUGGUUAUUUAAUGUUGGAGCCACUGCUGAGUUGAUGAAAGUGAAAUAGACAGAAGUCUCUUCAGGGACAGUUGGUUAAAAUGUGUCUUCUAGUCUCCAGGUGAUUUGGUCUCCAUGGUUGUAGCUGAGAGCUCAUUGUUGUGUCAUGUCUUCACUGCUCAGAGAUCAGCUGUCAGUCCCACUUGGUGGGCGGUACUUUGUCGUCUCCUGGUUUGUUGUUUGCUUGAUGUUGGACUUUGUUUGGGUGGCGCUCCUUCCUGUGUCUGUUUAGCCACGGAGGCUCUCACUGCUCACCAUGACUUUGAUUCACAUAAACUGAC